AGAUACCUACGCCUGGUGUUGCCAGGCUGCCCUGCUCUUCUUGAGGUGCUUCAAACAAAAUCCCUGUGCUUUUAAUAUCUGUGGUUUACGAAGACACCCCUAAAAGGAUGCUAUUUUGUCUGGAAGGAGCAAAGUCAGCUGCAAAGGAAGGGCUCUCACAUGCCCCCUGGUGGCAGCUGCUAAGAGUUUUAAUGGAACCAGCUAAGAGUCUUUUUAAGGACAGACUUGGGGGAAUUCUAGCCUUUUUGUGCUCCAAAUCACCUCCUGGAUCUUCUGAUUUUGAUGGAAAAGCAGAAGGCUGUAUUCUAAAUUCUUCGCUGCCUCUCCCCCUCCGAAGAAAGAAGGAUGGACAUUUUAAGCCUGUUGAGCUGGCCUCUCUUGAAAGGGAACGUUUGUGAUUACUUCAAUAAAUGGCAACUCUUUUUAAAUAUAUGUGAAAUUCAAAAUGCGAGCUCUUUAUUUGUGGGGAGGGAAAUUUUUUUGGAGCAGGAAAACGGGGUGCUUUAAAAAGCUCCCCCCGUCACCCCCACUUGCUGGCAAGGGGUUCUGGUUUUGUGAAGGAAGGGUGACUGAUUUCAAAAUAUGCCUUAAGAAUAAAUCAGUUGAAGUGUUCCUCCUCUGCAGAGGACAGGUAUGGAAAACCCCCGUGAAUGUUUAUGAUUGAAGAAGCAUUCUGUGCUACCCAGAAGCUUACUUCCAGAAGGGCUAAAAGGAACAGAAACACACGCACACACCCCUUCUUGUGACUGGCUGUGUUGCUGAUGCCUCCGCUGGGCAGCAACUGCCCCCUCACAGGAACAGCCCCCCCUUGCUGGCCAGUGUGACAUCACAGCUUCAGCCAGGUAGCCCCGCCCCUCAGCAGGGUGUCAUCGCUGAUGCUGCAGCAGAGGAGCCCGGAUGCUGCUGGCUGGCUGGGCCAGGGAGGGCCGAGAGUGGCAACCGAGGCCCCCCCGAGGCAUGCUCACCCCCUUGAGUGCCCAUGUCUAGAGGGGCCUUGGCUCGCAAGCACAGUGCUGGGGAGGAGCUGGGCCUGGAAGGGGGCCUGCUCUGCCAGCUGGUCCGCUCCCCGGAUUACAACCUGUUUCCCAACUCAGCGGUCUUUGAGAGCAACUUCAUCCAGGUGACAAAGAAGGGGAAAUGGGUGGACAUCACGAAUUCGCCCACCAUCGUGACCAUGGGAGUGACUUCCUCGGACCCCUGCCUACCACUCCCCAACGUCUUGCUGAUGGGGCGCCACAGGGUCCCGAGCCGGAGGAGCCACAGCAAGGCUUUAAGGCUUCCCCCUCUAGAGCUGACCAGGCUGCUCCCCCUGCGCUACGUCCGCCUGUCCGUCCACGAUGAAGCCCAGCGCAUCCUGCGCGUUCAGACUGUGACGGGGAAGGUCUACUACCUGCAGCUGCACCAGGAGCACCCCCGCGCCGUCUUUGCCCUGUGGAGCCGCCUGGCCGAGAUCCUGCAGAAGGGUCUCUCCAUCACCACCAAGGACCCCAACAUUCGCAUCCGCCACAGCUUGGUCCCCAGCGCCAGCAGCCCCUCCAGCACCUCCUCGGGUGAGUAUGUGGACAAGGUGUCCCGGGGAAGGAGUGCAAUGAAGAAAGCAGGCAAGAAGGUGACGGGUGCCGUCGCCCACAUCUCGAAAAGCCCCCCGAAGGACAAAGGGAAGAGGAAGGUGUCCUUUCAGGGAGAUUACAAGGACGAACUCUCUGCUUUGUCCAAUGACAUUAAAGUGCUGUUCUACGACAUGCCUGCCCCCCUGGUCUGCGCCCGGUGCAAAGGGCGUCUCUCCAAGAUGUCCCGCCGGCACAGCCGAGAGCUCAGGACCUGUGAGAGGGAUUUGGACCUCCUGCCAUGGAUGGACAGCAGGAGCUACGGACUCUGGCAGCAAGAGACACCUACGUGGCUGCAGCCCCUUAACCGACUGAGCAGCCUGGCUGCCGCAGGCCUGAAGUAGAGAGGCGGGCAGAGGCGCCGGAGAUGAAGGCUGGGCAGCGAUGGCACUGGGAAAACUGAGGCGCCGGCUGGCAGAGACUAGAGAGAGAAAUCCAAAGCGUAAUAAAACUAUAUGGCUGGGUGUGAGCAGCAUGGUGGCAGCACUUUUUGGGGGGUGGUGGUGGUGGCUUGGCGUUUCCAGCUUAUGUUCCUGCCCCUGCUGAGGUGCCCCCUUUCUUGUCCUCAUGCCAGGGAGGAUGAAGGGAAAGUGGCCAGAAACGGCCCCCCGCUGCAAUUUCUAGCAUUCACAGGGCUGGGAGAAUGUACAAUACUACCUUGGUUCUCAAACGCCUUGGUACUCAAACAACUUAGAACUCACACACUGCAAACCCGGAAGUAACUGUUCCGGUUUGCGAACUUUUUUCGGAAGCCGAACGUGCUCCGUUUUGAGUGUUAUGCUUCCGAUUUGAGUGUUACGCUGAGGUCCGUCUGUUUUUACUUUUUUUUUUGGUGUCUGUGUGUGUUUUUGCGGUUCUUUUUUCUUUUGUUUUUGUGCCUGUGUGGAACCCAGUUCAGCUCCUGAUAGACUGAUUGUGUGACUGCAGUACAUUGUGUAUUGCUUUUGUUUUAUGGAUCGAUGGUCUCGUUAGGUAGUAAAAAUUCAUGUUAAAUUGCUGUUUCAGGGGUUGUUUUCCAAAGUCUGGAACGGAUUAAUCCAUUUUGCAUUACAGUGGUACCUCUACUUACGAACAACUCUACUUACAAAUGUUUCUACUUACGAACUGAGCUCCAUCUGCCAUCUUGGAUGCGGUUUAGAUAGGAUUUUUUCUACUUACAAAUUUUUAGAUAGGGUUCUCCCAAUGCAUUCCUAUGGGAUUCGACUUACAAAUUUUUUCGACUUAAGAAUGUGCAUUCGGAACGCAUUAAAUUCGUAAGUAGAGGUACUUUCUAUCUCAUAGCAUGCCUUGGUUUUGGAACGGACUUCUGGAAUGGGUUAAAUUUGGGAUCCAAGGUACCAUUGAAUGUGCCUACCCUCUCAUAGAAUUGUAGGGUUGGAAGGAACCCCCAAGGGUCCUCUAGUCCACUCCCCUGCAAUGUAGGAAUCUCAACUAGAUCCUACAUGACAGAUAUCUAUCCAACCUCUGCUUAAAAAUGUUCAGCGAAGGGUGUCCACCACUCUUCCUGGAAUCCUUCCUCUGGGUAGGUUAUGACUUCUCACGCUAGGUUCCUUUUUGCAAGGAGCAUGGAAGAGGCUGGCGUAGCUUUCCUCCAAAGAAUCCUGUGUGUCUCCUGUUAGAAAUCCACAGAAUUCCCCAGGAUUUCUUGGCACAACGGCUAUUAAGCCAGAUAUACAGGUGAAACUCGGAAAAUUAGAAUAUCGGCGAAAAGUGCAUUUAUUUCAGUAAUGCAACUUAAAAGGUGAAACCAGUAUAUGAGAUAGAUGCAGAACAUGCAAAGCAAGAUAUGUCAAGCCUUUAUUUGUUGUAAUUGUAAUUCUUUGUCGUUAGGCGGGUCAAUUAUGAAUGGAAUGUAAUUAAUGAAAUAGCAGUGUUUAUUUUUGUAUUAUUGUAACGAUUUGUUUUAUUACUGUGGAAUUUCCAAAAGAAAGCAUUUGUAAAAAUUAAAAGAAAGAUGUUGUUGUUUAGUCGUUUAGUCGUGUCCGACUCUUCGUGACCCCAUGGACCAUAGCACGCCAGGCACUCCUGUCUUGCACUGCCUCCCGUAGUUUGGUCAAACUCAUGUUCGUAGCUUCGAGAACACUGUCCAACCAUCUUGUCCUCUGUCGUCCCCUUCUCCUAGUGCCCUCAAUCUUUCCCAACAUCAGGGUCUUUUCCAAGGAUUCUUCUCUUCUCAUGAGGUGGCCAAAGUAUUGGAGCCUCAGCUUCACGAUCUGUCCUUCCAGGGAGCACUCAGGGCUGAUUUCCUUAAGAAUGGAUAGGUUUGAUCUUCUAGCAGUCCAUGGGACUCUCAAGAGUCUCCUCCAGCACCAUAAUUCAAAAGCAUCAAUUCUUCGGCGAUCAGCCUUCUUUAUGGUCCAGCUCUCACUUCCAUACAUCACUACUGGGAAAACCAUAGCUUUAACUAGACGGACCUUUGUCGGCAAGGUGAUGUCUCUGCUUUUUAAGAUGCUGUCUAGGUUUGUCAUUGCUUUUCUCCCAAGAAGCAGGCGUCUUUUAAUUUCGUGACUGCUGUCACCAUCUGCAGUGAUCACGGAGCCCAAGAAAGUAAAAUCUCUCACUGCCUCCAUUUCUUCCCCUUCUAU